CAACCCCGAUCGCCAACAACCCCUCCCCUCCCCUUCUCUCCCACGGCCGCCACCUCCCUCCGGCGGAGCUCCCCGCCGUCCAUGGCCUCCCUCAUGCGCUCCCUAGAUCCGUCUCAAUCCGGCUCCCCCUCGACUCGAGCCGCCUCCACCCACCUCUUGCCUCCUCCCUCUCACUCCUCCGCCCGCCCGCACGCGCCCGACCGUCCUCUCCGACGCGACGAGCGCCACGCCAAGGAGCGGGGAGGGCAGCCAGGCGACCGGAAUGCCCGCGCAGAAGCGCCCGCACCCGUCGCUCGACGCGGACGACGGCCACAUCCAGGAGGUCGGGCAGUGCGAGGCGACGCUCCAGACCCGCGAGGGCCGCAGCCUUGCCAUGAUCCACCACGGCAAGGUCACCAUGGGCCUCGACCUCCACGGACGGCGGCCAGAUCGAGCGAAGCUUCCCUUCCUCUGCCCGAUGGGACAAGGACAAGGACAAGCAUCAGCAUCAUCGCAUCAUCAAGGGACCAAGGUCGGGUACAAGCCCGAUGUGGUCGUUGGAGGGAAGGACCUGGAGCACGACUGGAGGGCGCACCGUGGGAUGGGCUACUUCAUCGAGCCGCUCGUUUUGCUCGGCCUCUUCGCCAGGUCGACCUUGUCCAUUCGUCUCAAAGCUGAAGGGUGUUUUCUUAUCCUGUUUCUGCUUGAGAUUAAUUGAUUCGAUGUCAGAUUAUGUGUAUAUACUUGCAAGUUCAAAAUGUAGUAUAAUAGUGUUGAUAUAAUGUAGUGCUGGGCACCACCUCGUGUGUUUAUCAUACACAUGCACUGUGAUUAUCUAAUUUAGCACGUUGCUGGUCUUAUAAUGCUACUCUGCAUACUUAACUUGCUGCCUGGUAGGGGUUCCCCUUGAAGGAUUGAUUGUUCUCUGUAUCCUACCAUGAUAUAUUCUCAGCGAUUUUACUGAAAUUGCUGUAGUCUGAAAAAUAGUUAACAGUUUCUCUGUUUGGUACUAUUAAACUGAUAGUCAGAGAAACUUUUAAAUUGUUGGUUUCAUACUACUCACAACCAACAGAUGAAUUUCAGUACUUCUGUUUGGUACUAUUUGCCACUAGUAAGAACAAUUGUUUGUGAAGCUAGUAAAAAUCAUGGAACUUAAAAGGUCAAAUAUGUUGAUUUAUCUCUUUUCAGCCUUAACAGAGAAGAUGGAGUUAUCCGUUCUAUUUAGCCUAUUUUUACUUGGGUUGGAUUAACCUGUGAACAAAAUUCAAGUUCCUAUAAUACUAAAUUAAAUCUAGUUUUUGCACAUCAUAUUGUUUUCAGGUUUAGCACCUGAGCUGUAUUCUUCCACAUGAAUGGAACCACUUAGGGUUAUUUUAGCACGUUGCAGUUCCAGCCUGAGAGAAACUGCAGUUUCCCCUCCAACUCAGUGAUUAUUGGUCCACAUGAAUGACAUGUUUUUAAAUCUAUUUCCUAAUUUUGUGGUCUGCGGAACAAGGCUCGUUGCUGUAGCUGCUCAAAAGUUCAUUGCAGACAUCGCAGACAUUGCUGUUACUUAGUAUAUGUUGCAUUGUAGUUUCGAUGGAGAUUUUGCUUGAGAGCCACUUGGAUUCACGCAGCAUCAGGAGGAGCUCAAGCACGACCACCAAGAGGCACCACCACAGCAGCAGGGCGAUCAUGGAGGGCAUGCAGUCAUUCUGUUAGCCCAGUCCAGUGAGUCCGGCAUUUGAUCUCUAUCGAAGCAGCUCCAUGUUGAAGAAGAAAACACUUGUAGAGCUUGUAACAUUACUUGGAGAGCUUGUAAAGUACUGUAGAGCUUUGCAUUUGUAGAGCUUGUAAAGCAUUGUAUAUGUUGAGCUUGUAUUACGUGUCAUUUGUAGAGCUUGUAGUGAAUCUGGCUAUUGUUAUUUGAAUUAUUAUGUGUAUUUUCUGCUUGCCUAUUUAAAUACUGGUUGUUUUCU